ACCGGAACAAUAUCACAUUCAAAGUUUUUUAAUAUAAAGUUAAACCUAAAUCUCUCUAAGCGCUCAAUCUGAAUAUUGUGUUUCGCCAGUGUUCAGGGGCAUUUGAUUGAAAACUUCGCCGAUUUUAUGUAUUGUAAUUAAACAGAAGGAGACAAACACUUCAACUGGUGUUAGUUUUACAACCUAUUAGACCCGAACACCUAAUUGCGUUUCCAGUAUUUUUGUUCUCCCUGACUAGAUUAUAAAGUGCAACAAGGAACAUUAAUCUUCUUAUUCCUCUCGUUACCGGAUUAGUGGAUUGAUACUUGUGAAUAAUUCAAAGUGUAAUUAACGGUCAGACAUAACAACUCUCCGGGCUUGGUAGAGCCAGUGUCUCUUGGAUACUCUAGAUUUUUGUGGAUAUUUACGUUAAAAAAUGGGAGAAUUCAAGACACCGUUUACUCGUAUACUGUCUCAGGAUAUAAAGCACAUCUACAGUGGAUUCCCACAGACGGUGACACUGAGGUACUCCUCGCCUUACCCCACCCAGGAACAGCUCAGACAGAAAGAGGACAGUCAUGACCUCAAAACCAGCGUUCUACGCUUCUCAGAAUACGAUAAGUCUUAUGGCUGCUUGAUUCCCAGGGCACCUGCUUUCCGAAUCCUAUCCCGACACGAAAUCGACAGUUUGGUAAACCGUGUGUCGACGCCGACAGUCGCAAGUAGGGGUUUGAGCAAUUCUAGCGACAAAGCCGUAGUCAACGAUACACGCAGCAACUACCCCAAAUAUCUGGGACUCCAAAAAGUUGAAAAAGGGGAAAUGAAUGAAAUCAACAGUAGAGUCAACCGACCAACGAAAAUCAGCGAAAUUAGAAAACACCAAAAUAUAACAAAACUCUCCGAUAUCAGUGUCUGAAUGACUAGCGUCCACCGAAGUAUCGGCCAUCUUUAAAUUUGCACAAUUGUGGUACCAUCGUGAUUUAAUGAAACUUCGUCGUACAACGACUGUUGUCCUUUGUGGGUAAAUUCGGAUUUGUUAUUUCAUCUCUCCGUACAAAAUACUAUGGGUAAAUUUCAGAUUUGUUAUUUCAAUUCUAUGUAAUACCAUGAGUAAAUUCGAAUUUGUUAUUUCAACACUAUGUACAGAAUACUGUGGGUAAAGUUCGGAUUGUUAAUUCAACUCUAUGUGCAGAACACUUUGCAAAAUAAAUAGCCAUUUGCUCCUUU